AUCAUUUCAUUUCAUUUCACACUCAAGACGCGACACUCCUCUUUGCAUGAACUUGUCCUUCAACUCUGCCACGCCGAUCUUCAUCACAUUCUUUCAACUACCCUUUCUCCUUGUGAUGAGCGUGCACUAGGGAUCAGUCAUCGCGCGGCGUCUAGGACCCGUGUUCUAAAGUGGUCCAUGGUCAAAUCCUUCGAUGGCUUUAGGUGGGCUGAAGUGACGAUCGUAUCGGGUCUGGAGUUUCCUAGUCUCAUCUAAUAACCUCAUCCUUCUUCGACGUUAUGGAAGGUUCCGAGGAACAACCUGGCUUCACCGGCCAUGUAUGGUCUCAACUGCAGUCUAUGUCGCAGCAGUCGACGCCUAGAGGGAGAGGUCAUCGCGGUGGUCAUCGAGGUGGCCGACAUACAGGAAGAGGUCACGGAUUCCACCAGCACCAUCACAUGAAUGGCAGUCAAGCUUCUUUCUUCAGCAAUCAACAGUCGGUUCCAUCAUCAAACAAUUCCGAAGACUUCCCACCACUAGGAGCGCCCCAGCAAGCUCCUUCGAGAAAUACUCCCUUCUAUCCUCAAUCUCAACCUCAACAUCAGUAUCAACCUCAAUAUCAACAUCAGCCGCCAGUCCAGCAGUUUGAUAACUUCCGUCACGGCACACCGAGGGAGUUCCAGGAUCGUGCGAGGGGCCAUCACCGAGGUCAUCCUGGGCGUUAUGGUCAGCCACCACAUAUCCCCGCAACAGCACACGCUAUGGAUGCAGGUCAAUAUGCUAAUUAUGGACGACCUCCACCACGUCAUGCACAAUUGUACCAACACAAUCCAGCAAACUAUGGGACUGCUGAGCAACAACGAAACAUGCGACAUAUUCUUAUGAGCCAAUCGGAUUAUCUCAACGAGGUUGGCAGGAAAGCCUAUGGAGCACACAAACUCAGCCGCGAGGAGUCGUUGCUCAAAGAGAACUUUCGCAAAGACUUGGAAAGCGUUGCGAAGGAGGCUUUGACCAACAAAUAUCCAGAUAUCGAUGCCGAGAAUAUCAAGUUGAAAUGCUAUGGCAGUCUCGCGAAUGGGUUUGCUCUGGCAGGCUGCGAUAUGGACUUGCUUCUAUCCUUGCCUGAAUAUCAAGAAACCAAAAGCAAGACCACUCCACCAGAUGUUGAAAAUGGGCCAGAGCUUGAGCAGGACGCAGAAGAGGAUGAAGAACGGGUGUUCAACAUGGAAAUUCGUCGUGUUCUGGAAAAAGCAUUCCUCGACAAGGAGUAUGGCGCACGUCUCCUCGAGAAUACUCGGGUGCCAAUUCUACGCAUUUGCGAGCGUCCCUCUCCUGAAUUACUUCACAACCUCUGUGAGUAUCGAGCUUCUUGGGAAAAGUCAUCAUUCGAAACUCCGGCAGACCAGCCAAUCACCGAACCUGCUGAAGAACCAGACUCCACGAGUAUAGACGCUGUCAAUCAAGCUCUGAGCGAGCUCGAGAUCAAAGACUUACCCUCCCCAAUGCCAGCCACCCGUGGUAAUGCGGAUCUGGAAUUCAAAGGAGACUGUGGCAUUCAGUGCGACAUCAAUUUUGCCAAUUUCGUGGCAAUGCACAACUCGACGUUGCUGAAACUUUACCAGAGCUUUGAUCCACGCGUGGGUGAUGUGGGUAUCUUUGUCAAGAUCUGGGCCAAAGCCAGGGACAUCAAUACCCCGUAUCGUGGCACACUAUCGAGUUACGGCUACAUAUUGCUGGUGCUGCACUAUCUCAUGAAUAUUGCAUCACCUCCAGUAAUCCCCAAUCUGCAAUAUCUAGCCAAGCUUAGCGACGGCUGGAAUCCUGACAAGGAGAUUCCCUUGUUCGAAGGAUUUGAUAUUCGCUUCAUCCAUGAUCCUGAUCAGAUCAAGGCAUUACAGCAAGAGAUGGCCGCUACCAAGAAUCGAGAAACCUCCUCACAGCUGCUCCGAGGCUUCUUCCGCUACUAUGCGACACGUGAGGGCUUCCACUGGACUCGAGAUGUUAUCUCGAUUCGACAGAGAGGCGGUCUCUUGUCCAAGUCAGAAAAGGGCUGGACCGAAGCGAAAUGGGCUCCGGCGAAGAAGCACGUUCGUCUACGCUAUCUGCUCUCGAUCGAAGACCCAUUCGAGGUGGAGCACAACGUUGGACGUACCGUUGGUCACCAUGGGCUGGUUUCGAUCCGAGACGAAUUUCGUCGAGCAUGGUCAAUUCUUGAGAAGGUCGGAAACGGCGCUGAAAUUUCUGUGGACGAAUUUCUCGAACCUGUUACAGACCGUGUUGACACCUUAAGAAAGGACCAACAAUUCCACAAGCAGAAGGUUUUGGACAUGAAACAAGAGCUCGAACUCAAGGAAAAGUUGUUGAUGCAAAAGAUGCAAAGUGAAGAUCCUGGAUCUCAAAAUGAUGGUACGUCGGGAAACUCUGAUCAUGGGAUACCCCAAGCCCAUUCCUCCUCAAAAGAAGAACGCCGCUCGCCGGACUCGCAGCUGACAUCGACCCACUCGCAUCAGGACAUCAAGAUGAGGAAAAGAAAGAGCAGCCGACAGAUAUCGGAAAGCUGGAGGCUCAGGAAGGUAUCGAUGGACAGUGAUGACGAAGAGGAAGAUUCCGAACACGAGGCCGCCGACAGGGCAGGUGGCUCUAUUAGUCCCAAGUCGAAUGCACCACAGCCAGGCGGAACUGGAUCUGAAGGGGUUGACAAAGCCAAUGACUUUUUCUGCUCACGGAAAGACGUUCUACUUGCCAACGGACUAGAUCAAGAUGGGAAUCCAGUGGCUUGGGACAUCGACACUCAAGAGGGCCGGUGGCUGCACUGGCGAGACACAAAAAUCUCCAAAGGUACCAUGCAAGAAUUUUCCAACCCGACAUUGCGUGAACUGAACGAGCAAUGUCCUUAUGAUCCGAAUCGACCGUCCCCUUACAGCACUAAGCAGUACCGGAGUCAAUUUGAGAGGAUGCGUGCCGAGCAACCACCAUGGCCUGCAAAUAGUGAAAAUAGUUCGAUUCCAGAUUCUGCACAGCCAGCUAGUCAUCCGCGUCAAGCGAUACGGGUCGUUGCCGAGUCACUGGACGCAAGGCAAAGCCGACCACAUGAGGAGAGUCAUGUCGACACAACUUCAGACACACCACAACAGCCUCGGGAUAAUAAGGUCGGGAAAGCAACACCUUGGGACAACAGCACUCGUGGGGGCCGGUGGCUUCGAUCUCGAGACAAGCACCUUCGUGAAGGGACAUGGAGACACCACCUGGGCUCUAAGAAUUUGAAAAAGCUCAGCAACGAAUUUCCGUAUAAUGAGCUGAUGACAUGGGAGGAGCUCGAAGAGAAGAACGAAUUGCUGCGCAAGUACUAUUCCAAGACCAUUCACCCGCGAGAGCUGCGUGGGACCACGGCGUCUAAUGAUGCUGCCGCUGAAUCAACCACGGUCUAUGGCGAGAAAACCCCUUCGAAAUGCAACGCCGACCAGUCUCCCAUGGCGUCUGAUCAAACAUACCAGCUGUACGACAACCCAAUUGCGAGGCAGACGGAUCCUGUAUCCGCCCACCACCAGCAACUCCUGUCCAGUCUUCUGGGUCGAAAUGAGCGCAGUGUAGUGAACCCAAGGUCUGUCCACACAGAACAACCUCAGGAGCCGGAGCCAGCCGCAUCUCCAGCAAAAGUACGCAGCCAGGCCAGCGGUUCAGAUCGAGGAGCUCUACGAGCUCGGCGUCUCGCGUUCUUCGCAAAGCAAUUCACAUCGCCUCAAAGUGAUGCGGGGCCGACUGGCAAUGCUCACUUCUUUGCGCAGACUCCAGGCAAGACGUCGUUAGACGUUCCUGUCUCGGGUGGGCCGGGCGAACCCCGCACAGAACAGAGUAUGGAACCCUUCGCAAUUGAAGAGAAAGUGAAGCAUCGUCUUGAUGCGGUUGCCGCUGUGGAGGAAGCGGACAACAACGGUGCUCGAUCAGACGAUCCGCCGGACGAUCCACACGAAAAUGCCGUGAGCCAAGUUCAGGACUCACCCGUGGAAUGCCUGCCUGUGGAAGUUCCUGCUACGCUGUAUCCGGACACAGUGAGAGGUCAACGUCCCAGAGAUGAAGAUCCGGAUAUUAUGCCCAUUCCUCGCAAGUUCGGCUUUCACUUUGACCCAAGACAAUUGCAGGAUCUCGCCAUUAUCGCGAAGGGUGGCAAUGGCUGUGCCCGGGAAGGUGCUGAGUUCAAUAUUGAAGACGAAUACGAAUGGGGCGGUGGAGGUAUGAUGGGAUGGCGAACAAGCACAGGUUAUCCAUAUGGUGGAGUCAGUGGUGGCCGUACACCGUAUGAAGCUGGCAGAGGUGACGAAGAAGGGCUGCUUAACGAGCUUCCCGGAGAGCUUGACUGACGGACAGGCUGAUGCCGGUUGCCUGCUGUUCCUAGAGGACUGUGCGGUCUGCUUUGAUCAGAACGGCAUCGAGGUAGCCUGCUUUGGAGGAGAGCUGUACACUAUCCAUUAUCCUAGAUAUCCUUAGUAGAUUCUAGAUGCUCACACACAGACACCUAUGUGUUGUAUCAUUAGAACAAGCGAACAAUUAUCCCGCCUCAAUCAAGGGCACAUCAUUCCAUGACCUUCUGGGUUUUUGUGGCUGUUUCAUCGUCGUCACAGAUUCGAGACAUAUGAUUGGUCUGCGGAGAGGCGCCCACGGUUCAAUACCUCCUUUUCUCUGAAACCACGAUCAC